AAAGAAGCCUUGGUUUCUUUCCUUUUUUUUUUCUCCUUUUCUUGCUGCCUAUGCUAAGCAUCUUUGCCUUACUUUUUUCUCUGUUCUUUUGCCUCUCUCCCUCUUAUUCUUUCCUUCUUCUAGGAGUAAAUUUUUUCCCUCUUGUGGUAUUGUUUCUUUCCUCUUCAUUCACUUCUUGCAGCGAACCAAAAAUCUGCUACUGCUUCUUUUCUUCUUGAGUUCUGUCUUUCUUUCUAUCUGGCAUUGUUUUUGUAUGAUCAGUAAAGUUGAAUUGCUUUCUCAUUAUAGUUCUGUUUUUAUGUUUUUCAAUUAAUUCUCCUUCUUGGGUACUCUUUCUUUUUUGCUUUGGAAUUUUCUUGGAGUUUGUUCUUCUGCAAAUUUAACAGUGCUAUUUUUUUUUCUUUCCUUUGAUCAAACUGUGAAGUACGAGUUUUUUUCUCACAUCAAGAAUACACCAAAAUCAAUUGUUUUCUUCUUUUUGGUUGAAUUCAGUUUCUCACUUUUCCCUCCUCAUGGUUUAAUUUCUUGCACUUUUCCUGUUGUUUCUUGAUCAAAGCCUUUAACUUGUUCUAGGUUCUUUUACAAUUCGACUUUUUUUCUGUCUAUAAUUUCCUUGGGACUUUGUUUCCAAUGGGACUCUGCCAUGGAAAACCCACCGAACACCAACAAAACCAAUCAAGAGACAUACCAAUUCCAGGUGAAAAUGAUCCACCAGCAAAUGCCCACUCCACCAAGUCAUCAAAUUUCCCUUUUUACAGUCCAAGUCCAUUGCCAAGUCUCUUCAAGACAUCCCCAGCAAUAUCAAGUGUGAAUUCUACUCCUCUGCGCAUCUUCAAACGCCCAUUUCCUCCUCCUUCUCCCGCAAAGCAUAUCAGGGCACUGCUGGCAAGAAGGCAUGGCUCUAUUAAGCCUAAUGAGGCCUCAAUUCCUGAAGGAAAUGAGUGUGACAUCGGUUUGGAUAAGAAUUUUGGAUUUUCAAAGCAUUUUAUGUCUCAUUAUGAGCUUGGUGAGGAAGUGGGGCGUGGACAUUUUGGAUAUACUUGCACGGCUAAGGGCAAGAAAGGAAGCCUCAAAGGCCAUGAUGUGGCCGUUAAAGUUAUUCCAAAGUCUAAGAUGACAACAGCAAUUGCCAUAGAGGAUGUAAGACGAGAAGUGAAGAUAUUACGAGCUUUAACAGGUCAUAAGAACUUGGUUCAGUUCUAUGAUGCCUAUGAAGAUGAUGACAAUGUAUACAUAGUGAUGGAGUUGUGUAGAGGUGGUGAAUUGCUAGAUAGAAUACUAUCAAGGGGUGGAAAAUACUCAGAAGAAGAUGCUAAGACUGUUGUGGUUCAGAUUUUAAGUGUUGUGGCCUUUUGUCAUCUUCAAGGUGUAGUCCACCGUGACCUCAAGCCAGAGAAUUUUCUUUUCACUAGUAAACAAGAGAAUUCGCCUCUGAAGGCCAUUGAUUUCGGACUUUCAGACUAUGUAAAGCCAGAUGAAAGAUUGAAUGACAUCGUAGGAAGUGCAUAUUAUGUCGCUCCUGAAGUACUACAUAGAUCAUACGGGACUGAGGCAGACAUGUGGAGUAUUGGAGUAAUUGCUUAUAUACUUCUUUGUGGAAGUCGACCAUUUUGGGCACGGACAGAAUCUGGCAUCUUUCGUGCUGUCCUUAAAGCUGACCCUAGCUUUGAUGAAGCUCCCUGGCCUUCUUUAUCCCCUGAAGCAAUAGAUUUUGUAAAGAGAUUGUUGAACAAGGACUACCGUAAGAGGCUAACUGCUGCUCAGGCUCUGAGUCAUCCGUGGUUGGCAAAUUAUCAUGAGAUAAAGAUACCAUCAGAUAUGAUAAUAUGCAGGCUUGUAAAAGCUUAUAUAGGCUCAUCUGCACUACGAAAAACAGCAUUGGGCGCCCUUGCAAAGACAUUAACUGUACCGCAGCUAGCUUAUCUCCGGGAACAAUUCACAUUGUUAGGGCCUAACAAAAAUGGAUUCAUUUCUAUGCAGAAUUAUAAGACGGCGCUGAUGAAAAAUUCUACUGAUGCUAUGAAGGAUUCGUGGGUCCUUGAUUAUGUCAACAUGAUUAGUACUCUUCAGUAUAGAAAAUUGGACUUUGAAGAAUUUUGUGCUGCUUCCAUAAGUGUGCAUCAGCUAGAAGGAAUGGAAACUUGGGAGCAACAUGCAAGGCGUGCAUAUGAUUUGUUUGAGAAGGAUGGCAACAGGCCCAUUAUGAUAGAGGAACUUGCCUCGGAACUUGGACUUAGCCCAUCAGUACCAGUGCACGUAGUUCUCCAAGACUGGAUAAGACAUUCGGAUGGGAAGCUUAGUUUCUUGGGAUUUGUUAGACUUCUACAUGGGGUUUCUUCUCGCACAUUUCAGAAGUCUUGAAGUAGGAUCCAACUGUAAACACUUUUAUCUGUUGAUCUCACUUGAACUGAACUGUCUGGUCGAAACAAAUGCCUGUGUCAUUUGGGAGCUAGCCUGAACAAAGCUAGCAUAACAUCUGGAUCAUGAAAAAGACGGUGCAAGCAAGUUGAUACUAUAAGCCAAUCUGACAUGCCCUGCUAGUGAAGCAAUUUGCAGCAUCUUCUCAUGUCUUUAUUUUUGUUCGUUCUUGGGGUUUCUUCCUUUUUUUUUUUUCCGUUUGGCCAGGUACUCUCUAUCCCUACAACUUUGCCUUUUUUGUCCAUUUUAGUAUCAAAUGAUUGGUGUCCUUGAAACCUAGAGGGUUGUACAGAUGAGGUUGGGUCGCAAAAUGUAUCUAGUGUAAGGCUUUUAGCAAACAGAUUCUAAGCUACUUUUUCUGGUUUAUGGGUUCAUCCCUUGUGUACCAAGAUGUUUAUUCCUAGUUGGUUACCAAAUUUAAUAGCAGUCCAUGAGUCUUCACAUUUACAUUA